UAUUGCGAACCAGGACAUCGGCAGGUAUGUCAUAUUAUUUUCGUGAUAAACCGAUCAGGUUCAGUGACAGACUGAGAGGCAGUGGUGGUGGCACUAGCAACCCUGCUGCUGCAGCUAACGACGGCGAUGAUCUGCUGGAAUCGCUAAAACGACAAUUUGAACAGGACAGUAAAUCUUUCUUCGAACCGGCGACGACGACGAGCACCGGCAGUCAGCAACGCGGCUCCAGGGAUCGCGAUCACCCCUUCGAACGUCAUCACACCGGCUUUCCAAGGGGUUUCCCGUUUGACGACGACGGAUUCGACGGCGGCAGCAGACGCGCCGGCGGCAACAUCAGAUCCCAUUUGGACGACCUAGCAGCUCGUCAUCCAGAGUUUGCCGAUCACCUUCUGGGCCCGCCUUGGGGCGACGUUCCGUUCCCCCUUGGCACACCGAGGAACAGAAGACGGGGUUCAGGGUUGGGCUCCUCGUCCUCGUACCAGAGUCAUCCGGACGAAGACGCGAGGAGUCAGGCGAGCGGAGGCAGCGCCGCAAGCGCGGCUAGCGGAGCCAGUGGCGUGAGUUCUCACGGCGAGGCGGACACGGGAUAUUACAACCAGGAACAGCCACAGGACGAACGCGAGAGGAACGACGACAAUCGUAGUAGGAAGGGGGGGAACGGUAAUCAACACUAUCAACCCAUUCCUCAGUACGGACUGAGAAACACCGUCGACAUCGGGCAGCAUCGUCACAACAUGGAGAACAGCGAGAACGAGAAGACGAACCGGGGUCAACGAUCCGCUUCGGCACCGCCGGAGAAUCGACAGACUGCACAGAAUUUCAACGAGCACAAUCACCAGCAGCAACAAGCUGCUCAACCACAGAGUCAGGGAUCGAAUCCUAAUCAACGAUUCGUUUCCAGGGUCGAUAUUACUCCUCAGCAACAGCAGGCCGACAGCGCUAAACCGCCGAUGUCGCCUAAGCAACAGCAACAGCAACAGCAACAGCAACAGCAACAGCAACAGCAACCUCAGAGUCAGACAUCGUCGGGACAGCACCAGCAGCAACCCCAUCAACCGAAGAGCAACGUCAGGCAUAUACCGAUAUUCGUUGAGGGUAGGGACGAGCCUGUGAUUCCAAAGAACGUCGUCGACGAGACAACGUCGUCGUCGUCGUCGCCGUCGUCGGGUCAGUUCACCAGUCAUCAGCAACAGAAACGGCCGCAAUCACCGCCUCAGUUUCAGAGACCGUCGCACUUCAAUCAACACUUCGCAGGCGGUGGUAACAGGCAUCAUCAGCCAUGGCAGCAACCCCAGCAACAGUUUUAUCAUCAGCAACCAACUGCAACGCCGCCGAGUCAACACGAGCAGCAGAUCCCUAAGGCUAAUCACUACCAGCAACAACAGCAACAGUAUCGGCAACAGCAGGCCGAAAAACAACGGGCUGCUCAACAGCAACAGCAACAGCAACAGCAACAGAAGGAAGAUGAACCAACGGCUGAACCGACGAAGUUGAAACAGAUUCAACCCAAGGAACCACUCGAGAGGGUCGCCAUCGUUCAGAAGGAGGUCGACUCGCUGAUGGAGGAGGUCAAGAAGUAUCAGGGUGACUCGAGGCAGAGCAAGGAGUACAUGUACCUCGACGAGAUGUUGACCAGAGAGCUCAUCAAGCUCGACGAUAUCGAGACUGAAGGUAAACCCGAGGUCAGGCAGGCGAGGAAAAACGCGAUAAAGAGUAUACAGGAUUGCAUCGCGAUGUUAGAGUCGAAGGUACCGAUUCCCGGUCAGGAAGUCACCGAUAACGAGAAUUCCGAUUACAACGCCGUAACCACCGAUCAGGGUAAAUCUGCAUUACCGAUGGAGACUGACGCCGAGACUGUUAAGAACGAUGGUAACAAUCCUAGCGGCACGGGGGACGAAAAUGUCGCGAUACCUUUACCGCCACCUGAAAAUUCUUCCCUAUCGCAACAGAGGAAGGACCAGGAUCAUCGAACUGAGGAACGUCGGAACGAUGACGAACCGAUGAACGAGGAUGCAGCCAAUGAUGAUCCAGCUCUUGCUGCUGCCGCGGAAGCGUCGAUACGGACUGAAAAAUCCGGCUCCGUCACGGCGAUGGAAACUCAGCAGCAGGACGACGCUGCGGAUGGUGCGGAGAAAACUUCUGACGAACCGAUGGAGUCGAAUGAAGCUGGAGGCGAUCCGGGGGAACAUCGACACCAGCAGCAAAUGAUGGACGUCGACGCCGCCGCCGCCGCGGCUGUGGACAAAACUACAACCAAGUCACCCAGGAAGACGAGAAAGACGAAACAGCCGAAACCCGUUUCCGAUGUACCGAUUCCUCUACCUCCACCUGAAGUCAGUCAUACCUAGAGGAUGGCGCUCAGCAGCGAUGGAGGAAAGACGUGACAACGAGAGAGGAGGUCGUGGAACUGAUGGACGAUGAAAUGAGAGUUGAAUUAAUUUUGUUGAUUGAUUGAUUGAUUGAUUGAUUAUCCUCUGUAAUGUGGAUAAAUUGGAAAUUUGUGCAUAAGUAUUUGUAUGGAUUUGUGUAUGUGUAAGAGGGCGCGUUAUUAAUUAGGUGCUGAUUUUAUAGUUUGAAUUUGGAACUUUACAUCCGAACGGGGAGAUUGAAAUUCUCGCGGACGCUUUACAGUGAAACCGGGAAUAAUAGCAACUACUUGCAUAUUUUUUAAAUCUCUUUUUCCGUUCUUCUAUUUUUUUUCUUUCUUUUUUUUUUUUUUUUUUUUUUUACGGUAUAGUGCAAUUUUUCCAAUCACGGAUGUACUGAAAUUUUGCCAAAUUUCAACGGAUAUAGUGCUAAUACUCUUAUUGUUAACAUCGUAUACUGAUACAUACACAAAUGGAUGCAUUCACUAUUAGGUGUAAUACACUAUACAAUAUACAUACAUACAUAGCUGUAAGGCGAGUUUGUUCCUUAUUCUUAUUUAUUUAAAAGAAA